AUGCCAAACAACCCUUUCAAAGUCAUCGUUGUUGGCGGUGGACCGGUCGGACUAACUGCUGCUCAUGCGUUGCAUCUGGCCAACAUCGAUUUCGUCGUCCUGGAACGGAACGAUGAUGUUGCCGUUGAUGUGGGAGCUAGCCUGGUGCUCGGAGCUCAAAGCAUGCGGUUCAUGCAACAGCUAGGCCUGCUCGACAAGUUGCUUUCAGUUGGGCAGAAGCUACUGUACAACAAAUCCUUUGGCCUCGAACUUAUCACGUUCCAUCGAGCCGAACUCGUACGAGCUUUACUAGAUGGCCUGCCAAAGAACGCAAGAGAGAAAUACUUGCUCAGCCAGAAAGUCGUCGACAUUGCGACCAACGAAGCUGGUGUAGUCGUUACUUGCGCCAACGGAAAGAUAUACUCAGGAUCCAUGGUAAUUGGAGCCGAUGGCGUGCAUAGUCGAACGCGGAAGAUAAUGCACAAGCUUUCGGCUGAGAGCAGGUUCUCAGAUAGCAGAAAUCCGGAACCGCCCUUUUCAGCCAACUACCGAUGCUUGUGGUCCAACCUGCCGCGACCAUGCGAAGCUGGGCACGGAGCCGAUACGCAAAGCAAAGAUCGUUCGAUUAUGUGGAUUACCGGCCGCGACCGUGCUUGGAUCUUCCUGUAUGAGAAGUUACCGGAGCCCACCAAGGAGUCUAAACGAUACACCAAGACGGAGAUGGACGAAUUCGCUGCCAGCUUCGCAGACUGGCCUGUCAAUGAGGAUUUGAAAAUUAAAGACGUCUACAACAGCGCAACAGCAGGCAUGUCAGACCUGGAAGAGGGCAUACUUGAGCAUUGGAGCUUGGGCCGGAUUGUGCUUGCUGGCGAUGCAUGCCACAAGUUCACACCCAAUGCAGGGCUCGGUUUCACAAAUGGGAUACAAGACGUCGCACUUCUCUGCAAUCUGCUGCACGAUGCGUUAAGAUCGAGCCCAAGCUACGAUAUGAGCGGAGAUGCUUUGCAGCAAGUUUUCCAGGAGUACCAGACUGCAAGAAAGGAAGCACUCGAAUUCGACUGGGGCGUAUCAUCUUUCACAACUCGUGGCCAUGCCUGGGCAAAUCCAAUCUACUGGUUUUUAUAUCGCUUUAUCUGGCCUUUGUAUACUUUCCAAUGGUUUUUGCAAACAUGUAUUGCCGGCCCGCGGAUGAGGCAAAGCAGGGUUCUCGAUUAUGUCUUUGGUGAAGACCGCAUCAAAGGUCGCAUUCCGUGGACACAUCCAAUUUAUGCAAAAGGCAAGGAGCUUUAG